CAAUAAAUACAUAUGAAACCGAAUGUAUAUCAGUCGUAUGAUACGCAUUGAAUGAGGUCAACUGAGAAAACCGAUAUUGGGUGUUUUUGUAUAAGGCAAACGCUAAUACAACAGGAAGAGAAAUAAACACGAAGAAGGAAAAACACAGGAUCGCAGCUUUUCGAGUGUUUUAUGGAGAAACUCUUAUUGUCACACGUUUGUUGCGGUACGAGCUUAUGUUAAUUAGUAUUACGGCUUUCACAAUCCACCAGUCGGAAAUCGUCUUAUUAUUACUGCUUCGAACUUCUGAUGAAGAGUCUGGAAUAUGCACAAACAUGAACCCCACAGAAAGCAGUUUAGAAAACAACGUAUUGACUGGACAAUGUGACCAGAGUGAGCAAAGGACUAUCGUCCCGAUGGAUGUCGAUGAACAAGCAGAAUAUAAACCUGAAUACGUAAACAGUCAAGUCAGUCAACAGCAAAAAGAAAAAGAUGACAUUGAAGCCAAAUACAGUCAAGUCUGUAAACUGUUAAAAGAGAAAGAUGACAGUGAAGCCAACUGUCGGAAAAGGAUUAAAGCAUUGGAGACAGAACUCGAUGAAAGAAAAGCGCAAGUCACCACACUACAGUCUGAGAAAGAAGUCAGCAAAACACGCCCUAAACAAAUGAUCCAGAACAUGGAGACAGAAAUUCGGAAUAGAAAACAGCAAAUCAAUAUUCUACAAUCGGAAAAAGAAAACCUUAUAAAAAGUUUUAAGAAAGCAGAAAAGAAAGCCUCCGAUUACAGUGUUUAUAUUGGAAAUCAAAACGCAAAAAUAAGAAAGAUAACAUUGGCAAAAGAACGAGAUAUUGAGCAGUACAGGAAAGAUAUGGCUCAGCUUUUAGGUGAGAAAAUUCAGAUUAAGAAUCAGCUUCUUUCGUUGGAAGAGGAAUGUAAAGAACAAAAAGAAAAAAUUGAAAGCUUAGAAAAACAGAAUAAGUCAUUGAAUUCAACCCUUGUUUCGGAGCGAAAAAAUUGGGGAGAAAGAGAACAUCAAAUGCAUCACAAUUUUAAUGUUGAAACAGACAAAUUGAAAGAAUCUUUGAAGAACGCAGUUCAGGAAAUAGACGAUCUUACUAUCAGACUAAGUAAGUUAGCAAGUGCCAGUUUAACACACAAUAAUCCGAAUAUUGCUGACCUGAGUGAUCCAAAUCGCCCAACAAAACUGGCUGAAGCUUUCUCCGAGCUGUAUGACAACGAAUGGACCGAUGCGUUUGAAAAACUGAAGGACGACGAUGAAGUUAAAACAGUUAAACAUCUUUUGACCAUGUUGCAGAAAGCGUUCGGAUUUAGCGUGAGCUUAAGCGAGCAGGCUUUGGUCGAUAUAAAGGGAACAUCUACUAAAAUUGUAUUUACUAUUAAAAAACAUCAACCAGAGCGCAUGCAUGUUGGUUUUGUUAGUGGACCCAAUUCUAGUGAGCAAAACAAUGUUAACGGCAACGUUUCCGAUGCUUCGAGCAUAAACGGCCCUGACGAAAAAGCAACUUCCCCCAUUGAAAAUUGCGAAAAUGAAAUCACCGUUAAAACAAUUAUUGGACCCGUAAAUACCAUGAAAAUCCAAGACACGGACAAUAGAAUGACAACGUCGCAACAAAAUCCAUUAAACAAAGAGACACAGCAUGAUACUCUGUCAGGCAAGCUUCAAGACGAUGGAUCAAAAAACGAUGCUCAACCUACUACAAGACCAGUUAGUGCUAUGAAUGAAAAGCUACUUGUUCACGGCAACCAUAAAUUUCAAAGGCAUGGUGUAUGCUCCUCUGGAAUGGAUAUUGUUAAAAGGGUAGAAUCAAAAACGGACAUUGCAACAGUUACUUUUGAUUUUGAAAAGUUGCAACCGACUGAGAAACAACUCAUCGGCGAUAUUAGAAAACGGGUUUUAAAUGAAAUUAAAGGUCAAAUUAUUUCCAUGAUCUCUCAUGCAGUUGUUGCAGAGAUGAAUCUAGACGAUUGUGAAAAUAGUAUCUUCACCUACGUGAAGGCAUGCGCAUCCAUCUGCUGGGAGAUGCGCAUCCAUCAACCACCCGUCUGCCUGGAGUUUGUAGAGGUCGAUGAUCAAACACCGUUAAAUACAGCGACAUAUAAACACUACACAAAAAGCGGUCCUCGGAUGGAUUACGUAGUGUGGCCGGCCUUGUACCUUUAUAAAGGAGGACCAUUGCUAAGCAAAGGUGUUGCACAGGGGAAAUAAGUUAAAUUGUGAUUUUCAAAGUAAUGCUGUUAUCGCAUAUUACCUUUUACGUAUUUAAUUUCGUGAACUACGAGAGUAUUUUGUUGUAUUGCCAUGUGUACAUAGUCACUGAGUUAUUUAAUAAAAUAAAUGUAUCGUGUA